GUAAGCGUGACAACGCGUUUAAAGCGCGAAAAUAGAGUUCUACGCGGGGCAUUCGCGCGAGCCUCUCCUCUUCUCCUUCACCUCCUUCACCAUCUCCUCCUGCUCCUCCUUCACCUCCUGCCGAUCUUCAUUUGGCCAGUGUGUCGUGUGUUAGUAGUGUUGUACGUAGCAUGGCCUGCCAGAUCACGGGUUACGCGUUUAGUCUUUGACUGGAGGCAUCCGCGUUAACAUAGUCCAGCGUGCUUGCUCUCUUGCUUGCACAAUACUUAACAUCCGAUCGGAACGAUGAUCGAUCUAACGAUUAUCAUAUAAUAUUUUAAUUUAUCGGCAUAUCUAUGGGGAUUAUAUAUAUUUCAUGAAGAAAAAAAGAACAAAAAAAAAGAGGAGGAGGAAAGAAAAAAGUGACGUCGAAAAGUAAUGUUAUCAUGAAAGUUACUAGUGUGUACUAUAGAGGAAUAAAAAAUUAAAAAAAGAGAGGGAGAGAGAAAUUUUUUCUUCCUCUUCUUUUAAUCAUCGAUUACACUAUGCAAUCAUCAUCUCGUGUUAUAUACAAUUCUUGAAGAAUUUUUGAUAUAUAUAUAUAUAUAUAUAUACGUGUUGUCUAUUCUAUGCUUAUAUUUCGACGAUAAAACGAACAAGCUCUUUUUAAACUUCGUAAACGUCUUCUUUACUUCUUCAUCGAAUCGGCUGAUCGACCGACGAUUUGGAAGUUUCUAUCGGGGAGAACGACAAUUUUUUCAUCACACGAGAGACAGAAAAAGAGAGAGAGAGAGACAAAGAAAGAAAGAUAUAAAAAAAUAAAGAUAUAUGCCAUGAAUUAAAAAAAAAAAAUAAUAAUAAUAAUAAAAAGAUGGAGAUCGAAAAUAAACACUUGUUGAUAACGAGAACGAAAAGGAUCGAUAAUAAUAUCAAUGAAGAUCUUCAAAUCAUAGCACUCCGUAGAAAGAUAAUACAUUUGAUGAACUGGGCACAGCGUUUCGUUGAUAGGCUUCCUGUUCGAAUGACUUUGAGCAACUUGGGGAUAUUGGCAGUUUUCCUUGCCAUUGUUUUACCGAAAUCUUUAACUUACAUACUUUUGUAUCCAAUUUUCAGAUUAGUCUUUGGUACUUUAUAUCCGGCCUAUGCCUCCUACAAAGCAGUAAGAACGCAAAAUGUUAAGGAAUAUGUCAAAUGGAUGAUGUACUGGAUCGUAUUCGCUCUUUUUACUUGUGCUGAGACAUUCACGGACGUUUUCUUCAGCUUUUGGUUCCCGUUUUAUUAUGAGAUCAAGAUUAUUUUGGUGCUUUGGCUAUUGAGCCCUGCAACUAAGGGCUCGAGUAUACUGUAUCGACGUUUCGUUCAUCCUGCAUUGACCCGUCGAGAAGCUGAAAUCGAUGAGGCCCUUGCACGUGCUACAGAACAGGGAUACAAAGCUGUCCUCCAUCUUGGCACCAGAGGUGUAAACUAUGCAACUACUGUGCUCAUGCAAACCGCUAUCAAGAACCUUCCGAGCAUAAUACCAAGUUCAUUGAAUGAGAUCGAACCGAGACAAUCAGACCCGGCGAUUUUUAGCUCAGCCAACCCCAACAAAGCACCAUCGAUGACGCUCCGAGCACGGAAUAAAAAGGACCCCAUGAGCCUGACGAAAGAUGAUAAAGUAGUAUCGACUACAAAGAAAAUACAACUUCCUAAGAUCAAUCGUUUAACAGUAGCGAAGAUUCUCAACGAGGAAUUUGAAAACUCUUCGAGCAGUGGAGAGGAGGAACUCGAACAGGAGGAGGAACUAUACGAAGAGGUCCAGGAAAAUUUAAUCGUUGAGGAAACUUUCAAGGAACCCGAAGGAAGGCCAAUCAGAAUGAAGAAAACCGGAAAGGAACAUGUCGAAAUAACACGACGACAAAAAUCAAGAUCAUGUAAGAUUACUACGAAAACGAUUUAUGAACCUGAAUUUAGUGACGACAACGAUUUGAUAAACUCUUGUUAGUAAACUCUGAUUUGUUUUUAUUUUCUUUUAUUUUAUUUUAUUUUUUUUUCUUCUUCUUUUCUUUUUCUCUCUUAAUUUCACUUAUAAGAACUUGAUCGUUCGCCGCAAAUUGAAAAGUUUUUGAAAAAAUCUCUUCAAUGAGUACACUUAUUGAAUAGAGUUUGUUUGGAAUGAUGAUUUAGAAAAAAAAAAAAAAAUAAAUAAAUAAAAUAAAGGAAAGAAAGAAAUAACUUUCAUUCAAUUAGCUAUUAAACCAUUAAGAUUAAUCGAGGAAUCUAAUUGAUUUUUUCGAUUUUUUCUUGGCAUAAGAUUUCUAUUGUAAAAUUAUAACAAGAUAACGAAUUAAUGAUAUAUACAAUUUCACCCUGCGACUGUUAUUAACGUGAACAAGAAUAUCAACGUAAGACGAUAAAAUUGAAAAUCGAUCGGAUAUAAAAACUAAGAUUGAAGGCUCAUCAUUAAUUUUAUUUUUUAUAUAUAUAUACAUAUAUAUAUAUAUGUAUGUAUGUAUGUAUGUAUAAAUAAUAUUUAUCCGAUCGUUCUUAAAAUUUUAUUUUGUUUAAGAUACAGAAAGAAAAUAUUAUCUCGAAUGUCGAGAAUAACUUUUUACGUGAUAUUACAAAUGUAAAUUGUCGAUGAAAGACAAUCAAAAAAAAAAAAAAAGUAAAUAAAUAAAUAAGGUAUCGGGGUUAGAACAAUUUUUAUAAAUAACUAUCUGAUCGAUUUGAAAUUUCGAUUUUGAAGAUUUAUAAAGAUAACAGCUUCACUCAUAAAUUAAUUAUUACAAUUUGGAUAUUACAGAAUGCAAUGGCAAUCCAUAAAAUUGUAAAUCGAUCAGAUAGAAACUCAGAUUGAUACUUGGCAUUUUUUUUUUUUUUUUUAAUAUCUACCCUGAUUGAUUUUAAAAGUUUCAUUGUUAACUCGACUUGAGAAAACGAGUUUUUCAACAACGCACGAAUGUUCCAAUAAUAUUACAGAAUGAACGUAAUGUUAAUGAUAGACAAUAAAAACGGAAGUCGAUCAGGUCAAAAGCCAAAGUUACAAAUGUUUAUAUAUAUAUAUAACAUUAACCUGAUUGAUUUCAAAUUAUAAUUAAUUUAUAAUUAAAAUUUCUCUCACAUAUGUAUAUUAACGAACGAUAACGUAUAAUCAAGGAUGCAUCUUAAUUAUUAAUUACAUGAUAGUUAUAAAAUGCGAUGUCAACGAAAGACAAUAAAAAAAAAAAAUUUGGUAAGGAUCAAUAUCAUCCAACAUUUAAACAAUUUUUAUAAUACAUCUAUCUGAUUGAUUUCAAAAUUAUAAUUAAUUUAUAAUUUUGGAUAAAAAUUUUUCUGGUAAGGUAUUAUUAAAGAAUGAUGAUGAAUAAUCAGCGACGCAUCUUAACAAUUAAUCAUCGUAAGAUAUUAGAAAAUGCGAAGUCAAAGAAAAGCACAAUAAGACUGGAAGUUGAUCGGAUAGAUUAACAAAAUUAAUAAAAUCGAAAUAAAGAAAACAACAUUAUAACGAUUUUUAUAACGUCUGUCUGUAUGAUUUUAAAUUCCGCAUGUUUUAUUGUUCAGCAUAUAAUUGAAUCGUUAUUAAAUAUUAAUUAAUACUCAAGAACGAAGACAAUCGACGAAAUUAAAAUGCUGUCGCGUGACGUCAUAUAUUGCUUUUUUUUUUCUUUCUUUUUUUUUCUUAUGUAUUACUAUUAUUAUUAUUAUUAUUCCUACUAUAUUCCUAAUUCAAUAUAGAAGUUGAAUUGUAUUAUUGGAUUUUUACAUAAUUGUUUUUUCUUUUUUUCUUUUUUUUUUUUUUUCCAUAUGGGAAUCUUAUAUAUUGUGUGGAACUUAUGCGCUAUGUAUAUGUCAAUCUUUUUCUUUCUUAAUUAUUAUUGCCUUUCUUUUCCUAUUACACAUAAUUUUUAUAUCUACCAUGUUUUUGCGUGUGCGAAAAACCUUAAAAAAAAUAAAAAAAAAUAAAUAAAUAAAAAAAUAAAAAAAAAAGUAAAAAAAGAAAAAAAAAAGCAAGAGAAAGCACAAAAAAACUGUAUCGUUAUACAGAGAGCUUUAGGGAAAAAAAAUAAAAAAAAAAAAAUAAAAAAAGAAAACAGAGUUGAAGACUGCGAAUACGUGUGUGCCGUUGUGUGUAUGCGUGUGGAUGCAUUUGUGUGAUUAAAAUAAAAAUACGCCCAAGUGAUAUAUGGUUGUAAGAAAAAGUAAUAAGAGAUAUACAUGUACACAAACAUACAUACAUACAUACAUACAUACAUAUAUAUAUAUAAAAGAUUAAUUGAAUAAAGAGCGUGAUCAUGUCAUUGUUACGUUACGCUCUUUAACACUAAUCUUAUUUAUCUAAUCUGUUAUCUAACUUGCAAUUAAGUAAUUACGAGAGUUACCAAUUUAUUAUUCAUAGACAUGAAUAUAAACAAAGAUUUUUGAGUCAGAGAAUUUGAUUAAUCUGAUUUUUACAAUGUGCACAAAGAGAUUUUACGAUUUUUUCUUCCGUUCGAAAUAUAACGAAUAAUAUAUAUAUAUAUAUAUAUAUUAUAUAGAAAUUAGAACGAAUUAUAUAAGCUGUGAAUAAUAUCAUUUUUCCUUUUUAUCUUUUUUAAUUUCUUUUUUUUUUUAUAUAUCAUCUUUUUUUUUUAAUGAAAGUAUCGAUUGAAUUGAUAAUUUAUUCGUAAAUUUUCUUUUGGUUGUAACAAUAUUAUACAUCACUAUUCUAUUACAUCACUAUUUUAUUUGUUUUCUCUUUUUAUUUAUAUUCUUUUUUUUGUUCUUCUUGUAUACGUAUGUUUAAAGAAUCUUAAUAUUUAUAGCGUGUAAGACUUUUGAUAUGCGUUUCCAAAGAUUCUCUAUAAAAAUAUUAUAAGGAUUCUUCUUUCCUCUUCUUUUUUUCUCCCAAAUAAAAAACAUUUUGCUAAUAA